UAAUGAUUAUAUUUUCUGACAAAAUCAACACAACUAAUAAAAUAAAUCGACAUUAGUACCUUACUAAUUACCUUUUUUCCAUAGUCACUACGAUUUUCUCCUAUUUGUAAUAAAGCAACGUGAUGCAUCAGUGCCUUUGCUGUCUAAAGGGGGGUCCUGACAAGGACCUCACGACGCCGUACACAUAUCUCGGCAAAACGGAGAUAUAUUCUGACAUGCUCAAAGACUGCUUCGAUUUACAGUUGACAUCGGGCACCAACGGCGAGAGUGGAAUCUGUGAGGUGUGCGUGGGCCGCCUGAGAGAUGCGAGUGACUUCAAGCUGCAAGUGCAGCGGAGCCAGGCGGAGCUGCGGACACAGGGGGCGCAUGUCAAAGAAGAAACAGAAAAUGCCGAUCGAACAUUCGAGACUGUGAUGUGUGAAGUGGAAAUCAACCUCAAAGAAGAGCCCGAGGACCGGCAGCUGUACGCCGACCACGAGACGAGCGACGACCUCGUGCUGGGGCCGGUGGUGGUACAAGAUAAGACUCAAGUCGAAACAUCAAACCCGUCCCAGUCACCCGUGGGCCCGGAGCCUCCGGAGCCCGAGUUCAUAACAGUCCAAGACACCCUUUACGAGAACCUCUCCCCCCCCGCCGCGCGCCACGCGCAAGCGACGCCCGCGCGCACCGGCGCCGCACGCGAGCAACACACCAGCGACAUCACCCCCUACGAGUGCGGCACUUGCGGCGCCAAAUUCAAACAACUGCUUUUACUAAGCCAACACGUGUCAACCGCACACAGGAAAGCGCCCAAGCCGAAAAAAACUACGGUUGUAACCGUUAAAACAGAAAGAAUAAUCAAAAAGAGAGACACAAAGUCAAAGCCGAAAAAGGAAAUGGAAAAUAUGGAAAUUUACACUUGCGAUUCUUGUGGAAAGAUAUUCGCCAGCAGGAACGGCCUGAACGCGCACAUGCGAACCCAUGCAGAAGCGCAUAAGCGAAGGCACACAGGCGAGAAACCGUUCCCUUGCGAUGUAUGCGAGAUGCCGUUCAACGUGGCUCACUCCGCGAUCGUCGCGUCGCUACAAGUACAUGCAGCCCACACCAGUUCUGGUGUCUAG